CACGGCGGCUUCUCAACUUUUCUCGCUACUCUCACCAACGCGACAACAGAGCUGCACGGGCAGCUCACCUUCACAACGUCUUCCACAAAGAAAAGAAAGCUUUCUCCGCAGCAUAUAAGAGGCCCCGAUUCUGAUAAUAGCAACGACAUCCCGCUGGACUCCGUUGAGGAACGCGAAUCCCAGUCUCCCAGCGAUUUGCCGCGCUUCGACCUCCCCACCAACGACGACGCCCGCUCGGAUUCAGCCCUUCCUCCCCACAUUCCUCCGCACCUCCAUAGCUCCUCUUCCCUCAGCGCCCCAGACUACAUCCACUCGGCAGCGAGCUCUCCAAGUGCUGCAUACGCAGGUUUGUCCAUCGAGGGCGAGAGGGCUGGAGACGCGACGUCAGCCUCCGAGCUUGGAAGAGCCUCACACUCUCUGAACGAACAGGACACAAGGGGGCAGUCUCCACUCCUCCCUUUCUCGCACAGGGCUAUUAUGGGAGGGGCAGCAGAUCUUCCUCACCGAUCCUCGUCGCCACUCAAGAGACGUGCGUCGGAUUUGGAAGGGGAGGCGCCAUCAAGCCCGAAAGAUGAUAUCGAUAUGAUCACAGUCCCUCCUUCGGACACUACAGAGACUGCCGAUUCAUCUACACAGCCAAGCCGUGCCCAACGGGCACAAUCUGUGGAUAUGCUGAAGGGUGAACCAGAUGCAGACACUCCCGCCACCUCGACUCAGACCCAAGACCCUUCACCUUCUUCUUCCGCAGAGACAGAUAUUCCUCCUAUUGAUGUACAGAUCAAGACGGUUACUACAGUCUGUGAAGCGGCGGACCAACAUCAACUCAAUGAAGGGGACAAAACGUACCUAGUAUCGAAAUCAUGGCUCAAUCGUGUCCUAGCUCGAGGCUCAGAAGCCAGGCACAACAGCAAGGUGGACCCCGAAGGAGAGAUUGGCCCAGUCGACAACUCCGACAUCAUCCAGCAGAUCAUCAAGGAUUGUGACGGUGAAGACUUUGUGCAGUUAAAGCAUGGUUUAGGCACAGAGUCAUUCAGCCUUUUCCCCCAGGAGGCUUGGGACCUUGUGAUGGCUUGGUAUGGCCUCAUGCCAGGGCAGCAUCCUAUUGUUCGGUACGCACACAAUACGAACCCAGACAGGUCAGGGAUUCCGAACGUCAUCUACGAAUUUCAUCCUCCCAUAUUCACGGUGCAUCGGUUGUGGUCGGAUAGUACCUCACUUAUUCCUCAGCUACUCAAGGUGCAGAACCCUGUGGCCCCAGUCAUCGUCGUUAGCAGAUCCGUUCAAUAUAUCGAGUUCUUGAGGAAAGCAAAAACCAAGGCCAACAUCGAUUUAUCCAAGAAGGUGCGUGUUUGGAGAAUCCCUCGAAAACAGCCUGCCGCCGAUCCAGUGCCGCCUACUGGUGAUCUCACAACUCCACCCUCCUCAAGACCAAGCUCUCCUGCUCCCGGAGCAGCAACUGCUCCGAACCCAGGCGAACCCCAGGAUUCCUGGACUCGACUUCUUUUGGAUGUGGCUACGUUCUCACAGCUCAAGAAGGGCUUGGAGCGAGAAUUAGUUAAUGCACAGGAUCAGAGCGGCAAUCCGAAGUACAAUGGUCACAGUGACUUGGCUUUUGUUGGACUAGGCGAUAACCAAGCUAUUGUCCUCGAUGAACAAAUUGACCAUGACACCCACGUUUCGAAUCAUGUGUCGAAGACGAAGACCUCAACAACAGGCACUCGAACGGGGGUAUCAAAUCUAUCUCACCAGUCGAACAGUCAGGCGAACAGUGGCCGAAAUAGCCCCGCACCAUCAGGAUAUAACCUCCGUGGCCGAGCACAGAAAAAUGGUCGAGUUCCUGGGACUGUAGGCUUAAGUAACCUAGGGAAUACGUGCUAUAUGAACUCAGCCUUGCAGUGCGUUCGAAGCGUGGAGGAGUUGACGAAAUACUUCUUAACGGACAGUGCCCAAGAAGAGCUAAACGUCGAGAACCCGUUGGGCAAUAAUGGCGAAGUUGCAAUGGCAUAUGAUCACCUUCUCAAAGAGAUCUACAAAGAACCUGUCCCACAGUCUAUUGCGCCACGACACUUCAAGAACACUAUUGGUAGAUACGCACCGUCAUUUUCUGGUUACGGCCAACAGGAUUCUCAGGAGUUCCUUGGAUUUCUGCUUGAUGGCCUCCAGGAGGAUUUGAGUCGUGUAAAGAAGAAGCCAUAUAUUGAAAAGCCUGAUUCGACGGAUGACAUGGUCAACAAUCCGGAGGCAAUUCGGGAGAUGGCUGCCAAAGUCUGGGAUAUUACGAAAAAGCGAGAUGAUUCUGUAAUCGCCGAUCUGUUCACUGGGAUGUACAAGUCAACUCUGGUCUGCCCUGUUUGCGGCAAAAUCAGCAUCACGUUCGACCCCUUCAACAACUUAACCUUGCAAUUACCGAUCGAGAACUCAUGGUCACAUACUGUCUAUUUCUUCCCUCUAAAUGACGCUCCAAUGCUCAUACCUGUCGACAUGGAUAAGCAGGGAAGUUUCUCAGCCAUGAAAGAGUACAUGAGCAAGAAGGUUGGGGUUCCGGUCGAGAGAUUAUUCAUAGCCGAAGAGUUCAAAUACAAAUUCUACAGGAUAUACGAAGAUUACAAAUCUGUGUUCGAGGAAAUUGGGGCCAAUGACAAUGUUGCGGUGUAUGAGCUGGAAGCCAAACCUACGAACUGGCCAGAACGCCGCAAGCCUACGAAGAAACAGAGGGCCAAACUGGCGAAUGCGAGCAACUUGAGCACCGAAUCCGAGGAAGAUGACACGCAAAGUUGGGAGGAUGCAUUGGCAGAGAAAAUGCUGGUGCCUGUAUUUCAUCGUCGCCCGAAUAAGGACCGUAAUCGCAGCGGAUACAAGAAGAACUGGGCCCUCGUUCCGGUUCCCCAUUACAUUAUCCUGACUCCUGAAGAGGCGAGAAGUGAGGACAUGAUCAAGCGCAAAAUUCUCGAGAAGGUCGCAACAUUUAGUACAUCCCCAGAAUUCGAAGAAGACGAUGAAGCCAGCACCAGCGUUACUGAUAGUGUGGACCCGGAUAUUGUUCUUACCAAUGGCUCCGACUCAUCUGAAGGAAAAGUUGUUGCCAACUCUGUUGAUGGCGAAGAUGGAAUCGUUGACGUAACCAUGAAGGAGUCGAACGGUGUUCGUGAGUCUGUUGAAAAGGAUGCUCCGAAAUCAACAGCAGCAACGCAGACUUCCAAACCUUCUUUCAACAGGCGUCGACCAAAGUUUCUUCAGCCCGGUUCUUAUCUUAAUCCGGCGUUGCAGAACAUGUUCGAUCUUGGCUACUUCUCAGGCCCGAAGGACUCGGUCCCCACGGGAUGGAGCGAGGUCGAUGAAGAUAGAAACUACCCAUCCAUUGCAUCAAGGAAUCCUCGCCUGCAGCGAACCUACGAGGACGAGUCAGGGAACGAUUUCGACAUGGCCAACGGUCGAACUGGUUCGGAGAGCAGUAAUGAUGAUGAUCAGUACCCUUCGAAUACUCUGUCAAGCGCAACACGAAUGAAUGAUGAGUCAAGUGAGGAGGAUGAACCCUCACUCCCUAAACCCAAUGCUCUUGUUUACCGAACAGUGGCAAAGAAAGCCGGGGUUAGAGUAGGUUAUGGCAAAGGCCGCAAUAGCCGUGGUAUGAAAACUUACUCGAGAAAGGGCAACCGGGCAUCACGAAAGGUACCCAACAUGAACGACAGCGACCAAGACGCGCCUGAUGACGGACCUCUCAUUCGUCUUGGUGAAGGCAUUGUUGUUGAUUGGAAAGCCGACGCUUACGAAGCAAUGUUUGAAGCCGACGGUCCAGAUGACAACUUGCGGGGGCGUUCAACGUUCAGUUCUAUACCGACCUUCAACGAUACUGAGCUCAUCGCCAAGCGUUCAGCUCGUGCGCAACGGAGAAAGAAUGGUAUCACUCUAGACGAUUGCCUGAAUGAGUUCGGCAAAGAAGAAGUACUUUCUGAAGCCGAUACUUGGUAUUGUCCACGAUGCAAAGAACACCGAAGAGCAACGAAGAAAUUUGAGCUCUGGAAGACUCCUGAUAUCCUCGUCAUGCACCUCAAGCGUUUCAGCUCUAGCAGUACUCGGCGAGACAAGCUCGACAUCCUUGUAGAUUUCCCUAUCGAGGGCCUUGACCUUACCUCAAGGGUCAUGGAAACGGAAAAUGGCAAGCAAGAGAUUUAUGACCUUUUUGCUGUUGAUGAUCAUUGGGGUGGACUCGGCGGUGGUCAUUACACUGCAUUUGCGAAGAACUUUGUGGACAACGAAUGGUACGAAUACAAUGACUCGUCAGUUUCGAAGCAGAAAGAUCCUUCACGAAUUGUCUCGCAAAGUGCCUAUCUGCUGUUCUACCGACGUCGGUCAGACGUACCACUAGGUGGGCCCAGAUUUCAACAGAUUAUCAAAAAGUUCGAGAAUUCCCAUGAACCGUCAGAAGACGAUACAGCCAAGUCGGGGGAAGACCAGGGCCUCGACGCAAAUUCUUCCCUUCGUGGGUCGUCGAGCGCUUUGACAGAAGUAGGAGCAGCUCACCAUCGAGCAAACAAUGGUUUGGAUAAGACAGUAAAUCCACAGGAGCUCGAGGGUCUGCCAGCCUACAAAGCCCACGAACUGAAUGACGAGGAUGCAGCCCCAUUACUGUUAGGUGAUGCGCAGAUGAACGACGGUUUGCCACUCGAGAGUAUUGAAGAUGAAGGUAUUGACAUGGACAUGAACUACAACAACCUUGGUUUAAGUACUGUUGGGCUACGCUCUUCCAAAAACACCGUUGGCAGUUGGAACUUAGCUUCUGACGCUCCAAAAGCCAUCGCUGGGAAUUGGAACUUUGCCGGCCUCGAAGGCUUAAACAGAGAGCAGAAUUUUGUUUCCGGGACGGGAUCUGAGGUAGACCUCGACGAUAACUCGGGGAAUGAUUUCGAUCUGGACGGCAGCGAUAUUGUUCAGCAUAACUCGUCGGCAAGUUCGGGUUCUCUCAGAGGACGUCUCGAAGAUUUCGAAAAUGCCAUCCCAGAAGGUGAUAAUGGUGUGUUCGUGGAUCCGAGCCCGGUGCCGGACAUUGAUGACGAUGACCAGAUAGACAAUUUAGCAUUGCAUAGGGAUCUCUUAGAGACCCAUAAAGGUGGCGCGAAGCUCCGGCCGGAGUUUGAGGUCCCUGUUGAACAUGAGGCCGAAGAGGUUGAGGAACCGGCGACGGAGAUUCAUGUCGAGGAAGGCGAGGGUCUGAAGAUAGAUUAAGUGCAGAGGAACCACAUUCUUUGCGUAAUGAGGUAGACUUGGGACAAUGGUGUGCUUUGGAUGGGAUGAUAAACUUGAUGCUCACAUGCUAUCGCUGAAUACGCGAAAGAGCUAUGACUUUAUGGACCAUGGGAGGAAGGGAACUGGCUGCAUACCAGAAGUAUUGCGGCGCAAAAUGUAUGGACAGUGAAGUUACUGUAUCGAUACUAUAGAAGCAGUCUUUAAACAGUCCUCUCGCUGGAGAGUUAGUUACCUUGGCCAGAGGCUCGAUGCAAAACAUCUUUUGAGC